GUGCCCUCCUGUGACCUUUGAGGACCCUCCUGUGACCUUUGAGGACCUUUGGGGACCCUCCUGUGACCUUUGGGGACCUUUGGGGCCCCUCCUGUGACCUUUGGGGCCCCUCCUGUGACCUUUGGGGACCCUCCUGUGACCUUUGAGGACCCUGCGCUGGCCCCGCCCCUUUUGCACGCGCAGGGGGCGUGCCCACGCAUCUCAUUAACCGCGAGGCCACGCCCCCCGCGCGCGCGCGGCUGAGGGCGGGAAAGCCGCUGACUGAGGGCGAGCCGCGCUCUGAUUGGCUGAGCCGCGGCGGCGGGAACGGCGCUGAGGGGAUGUCUGCUCCCAUUGGCUGAGCCUCUCGCGCCCACGGCGGUGGGCGGGAAGAGCGCUGAGGGAAGCUGCGCUGUGAUUGGCCGAGCCUCCGCGGCGGCAACGAAGCCGCGCGGUGAUUGGCUGAGCGCGGCCGUGGCGCGCAGCUGAUUGGCUGGGCGGCGGCGGCGGGCCUCGCCGGUCAUGGCGGCGGCGCUGGAGCGGGCGCUGGGCCCGGCGGCGGCGGCGGGGAGCGGCUCCGGGGCGGCGCUGCCGCCGCUGCCGGUGCUGCUGACGGGCCCGGCGGGCUCGGGCCGCACCUCGCUGCUGCUGCGGGCGGCGCUGGCGGGCGGCGCGGACGGGCCCCGCGCGCUGUUCCUGGCGCCCAGCGCCGUCCCGCGGCUCCCGGGAGGCCCCGGCGGGACCGGCACCGACCCGCGGGCGCUGCAGCGCCUGGAGCUGCGCUACCCCCGCACGCGUCUGUCCCUGUGCCGUGAGCUGCUGUCCCUGUCCCUGUCCCUGUCAUUGUCCCCAUCACUGUCCCCACCCCCUGUGGUGCUGCUGGACGGGCUGGAGCGGUACCUGUGCCCCCUGUCCCCAAGUGCCACCGCGCGCCUGGCCGCGCUGCUGCUGGAGCUGUCGCUGUCCCCGUCUGUCCCCUCCCGUCCCCAGCUGGUGGCCUCGCUGCGAUUGCCACCCCCGGGCGGCGCGGUGACACUGGGGACACUGCUGCGCUUCUUCCCGGCGCGGUGCCACCUCCGCGGGGACACGCGGGGACGGGGACGGGGACACGUGUGGGUGACAAUGCGCUGCCCCGGGACGCCGCCGCGGAGGUGGCGGGCGCUGAAGAGCCCCUCGAACUCCCGCUCGGGGCCCGGAACCGGCGGCCACAGCUUGGCCCGGAGAGUCCUGGGGGACCCCAAAAUCAUCUCACAGGGCCCGCUGACCGUUUUUGGGGGUCCCCCCGGGGGGCUGAGGCUGAGCUGGAAGAUGAGGCUGGAGUGCAGGUGUGCCCAGGUACCCCCAGAGCCGCUCCCGCAGAGCCGCCGCCUCAGCCCUGAGCCGGGACAGGGACAGAGACACCGACACGGACAGCCGGGACAGGUUCCGGUAGAGCCGUUCCAUCCUCUGCGCCUCCUCCCCCCGCAGCCGCAGCCGCCCCAGAGAGCCCCGGAGAGCCCUGAGCUGGAUGGCGGCCGCCGAGGGUACAGCCGGAAGUUCCGCCUGAUGUCAUUUCCGGUUCCGCCGUGUGGGGCCGGAGGCGCGCGCGGGAGGCCCGAACCGUUUCCCCGCCCGGCCAUGCUGCCCCCGCCCCCUCUGCUGCUGCUGCUGCCGCUGGUGGUGACCGGGACCCCCGAGGUGACGGUGACACGGCCCCGGGGGGUGGCCCUGAGCCAGUUGCCGUUCUACGACCCCUCGGGGCCGUUCCGCUGCCUGGACGGUUCCGGAUCCGUCGCCUUCGCCUGGGUCAACGACGACUACUGCGACUGCCAGGACGGCUCUGACGAGCCAGGGACCCCCGCCUGCCCCAACGGGCGCUUCCACUGCACCAACGCCGGACACCGACCCCGGAGCGUCCCCGCGGCGCACGUCAACGACGGGGUCUGCGAUUGCUGCGACGGCACCGACGAGUGGGGGAGCGGCGCCUGCGAGAACACCUGCAGGGAACGGGGCCGUCAGGAGCGGGAGGAGCGGCUCCGCUCGGCCGCCCGCGCCAGAGAAGGUUUCGCUCUCCGGCAGCGCCUCGUGCAGGAGGCGGCCGAGGCCAAGAGGGAAAAAGAGAGCCGGCUGGGGGCGCUGCAGGCCGCGCGCCGGGAGCUGCAGGCCCGGCUGGGGCCGCUCCGCGCGGCCAAAGAAGCGGCCGAGGGACCCGAGCGGGAGGCGCGGGAGCGGCACCGGCCCCGAGAACCGACCCAGGACGAGGCCGGAGCGGCCGAAGCCUUCGCGGAACUCGACGGGGACGGGGACGGACGGCUGACGCUGGAGGAGCUCCGAGCCCACCCUGAGCUGGACGGGGCCGAGAUUGAGGCUGCCCUGGGCUCGGGGGGUUGGGCGGAUUCCGGAACGUUCCGGGAGCGGCUCUGGGGCCUCGUCCGGGAGCGGCUGCGGCCACAGGCCCCCCCCGAGCCCCCCCAACCCCCCCCCGAGCCCCCCCAGAGCCCCCCCGAGGAGGAGGAGGAGGAGGAAGAGCCCGAGGAGGAGGAGGAGGAGGAGGAGGAGGACGAGGAAGGCCCUGAGCAGGUGCCCCCGGUGCCCCCCCAGGAGGGGGAGGGGCCCCCCCAGGAGGAGCCGAAGUUCGACGAAGCCACUCAGGCCCUGAUCGAUGCCGCCCAACGCGCUCGGGACGAUUUGGCCGCGGCCGAGCGGGAGCUGAAGGAGGCCGAGGAUGGGAUCAGGGCCCUGGAGACGGAAUUGGGGAUGGAUUUCGGGCCCGAGGGGGAAUUCUCGUACCUGUACAACCAGUGCUGGGAGCUGAGCACCAGCGAGUACCUGUACCGCCUCUGCCCCUUCCAGCGCGUCACCCAAAGACCCAAAAACGGCGGCGCCGAGACCAGCCUGGGGCUCUGGGGCUCCUGGGCGGGGCCCGAAGGUGACAAAUUCGGGGCUCAGAAGUACGAGGGGGGCACGGGCUGCUGGCAGGGCCCCGCCCGCGCCACCACGGUGUCCCUGAGGUGCGGCGCAGGGACGGCGCUGCGGGCGGCGCUGGAGCCGAGUCGCUGCGAGUACCUGCUGGAGCUGGAGACGCCCGCGGCGUGCCGGGAGCUGCCGGCGGGGCACGAGGAGCACGACGAGCUCUGACCCAAAACCGCCCGAAUUCACCCCAAAAACAGCCCCAAAAUAUCCACAAAAUGUCCCCAAAAUAUCCCCAAAAUAUCCUGAAAUUAUCCCCGAAAUAAACCCCAAAAUGUCCCAAAUUAUCCCCAAAAACGCUGCCGGGAGCUGCCGGCGGGGCACGAGGAGCACGACGAGCUCUGACCCAAAACUGCCCGAAUUUACCCCAAAAAUAUACCCAAAAUAUCCCCAAAAAUAUCCCCAAAACAUCCC